GGCGGCGCAGGGGCGCGCGGGGCUGGCGGGCGCGCGGGGGCGGCGGGCGCGGCGCUGCCAAUCGCAGACAAAGGCCGCCCCAGUGAAUCAUGUGGUGCCGGGGGAGGAAGUGCGGCUUGUUUUCUUUCCUCCAGUCGCCGGGCUCCGGGCGGAGCGCGAUGCUCGGAGACCCCCGCGCGGGCGGCGGCGGCGGCGGCGGCGGCGGCGAGCCCCGAUGAGGCCCGAGCGCCCCCGGCCCCGCUGCAGCGCCCCCGGCCCGAUGGAGGCUCCGCCGUGGGACCCUCUCCGCAACGACUCGCUGCCGCCCACGCUGACCCCGGCCGUGCCCCCCUACGUGAAGCUCGGCCUCACCGUCGUCUACACCGUGUUCUACUCGCUGCUCUUCGUGUUCAUCUACGUCCAGCUCUGGCUGGUGCUGCGCUACCGCCACAAGCGGCUUAGCUACCAGAGCGUCUUCCUCUUCCUCUGCCUCUUCUGGGCCUCCCUGCGGACGGUCCUCUUCUCCUUCUACUUCAAAGAUUUCGUGGCGGCCAACGCGCUCGGCCCCUUCGUCUUCUGGCUGCUCUACUGUUUUCCCGUGUGCCUGCAGUUCUUCACCCUCACGCUGAUGAACUUGUACUUCACGCAGGUGAUUUUCAAAGCCAAGUCAAAAUAUUCUCCAGAAUUACUCAAAUACCGGUUACCCCUCUACCUGGCCUCACUCUUCAUCAGCCUCGUUUUCCUGUUGGUGAAUUUAACCUGUGCGGUGUUGGUGAAGACGGGAAACUGGGAGAGGAAGGUCAUUGUCUCCGUGCGUGUGGCCAUUAAUGACACUCUCUUUGUGCUGUGUGCCGUCUCGCUCUCCAUCUGUCUCUACAAAAUCUCGAAGAUGUCCUUAGCCAACAUUUACUUGGAGUCUAAGGGCUCCUCCGUGUGUCAAGUGACCGCCAUCGGAGUGACCGUCAUCCUCCUCUACGCCUCCCGGGCCUGCUACAACCUGUUCAUCCUCUCGUUUUCUCAGAGCAAGAACGUCCAUUCCUUUGAUUACGACUGGUACAAUGUAUCAGACCAGGCGGAUCUGAAAAACCAGCUGGGGGAUGCCGGAUAUGUGGUGUUUGGAGUGGUUCUUUUCGUGUGGGAGCUCUUACCCACCACCUUGGUCGUCUUCUUCUUCCGAGUUAGAAACCCUACAAAGGACCUUGUACCUGCAGUGUGGACUCUAGAACCAUACCAGUGAACUUUCUGGAUUGUUGUACACGGACACCCAUCAGUUUGUCUUGUGCUUUGAAUGGAUCUUUUACCCACACAUCGUUUGUAAUAUGCAUCAGUCAUCAGGAAAACACUGGCUUACUGAGUUAUGCAGAUCUUCUAAAACUCAUUCAUUAAAUAUCACCACUGAUCUCAUCAGGAAAAUCUUUAAGUAUUGGGAUGCCCUCUAGCUCACGGUGGGGAAUACAGGUUUUCCAAAGCUUUAAUUUGGGCUUAAAAGCUCAAAUUUGAUCAGUGACAACAAAUACCAUCCACACAUUCUCUUUCAUUUACUUUCAAGCGUCCGUCAAAUACCCACGUCCAAAAAAGCAUGGUCUGAGUUAAGUUGCACAGAAAGAGGUAGUUAAACUCACACUGCUGUGAGUCUGUUCCCAAAAACAGCUCUCUCACAGCAGAAGCACCGUGUGCAUAUGUCCCAUUUUGUCACAUCACAUAGUAAAAUGACAGGUCUGAGGGGCACCUGGGGGGCUCAGUCUUUAAGCACCUGACUUUGGCUCAGGUCAUGAUCUCAUGCUUCAUGAGUUCGAGCCCCACAUUGGGGGAGCACGAGCCCUGCUUUGGGGAAAAAAAAAAAAACACGAUCCCUGCUUCAGGUCAGCCCCACUUCUCUCUUUCUCCCUGCCCCCAAAAUAAAAAAGGCCCAAGGGUUAAGAUUUAAUACAACUAAUAACUUCCUCUUUGUCAAAGGCAAUCUUUUUUUUUUUUGAGGGAGAGAAAGCGGGGUGGGGGGCAGAGAGAGAGGGGGGACAGAGGAUCUGAAGCUGGCUCUGAGCCGUCGGCACAGAGCCCAAUGCGGGGCUCGAACUCAUGAAUCGUGAGGUCGUGCCCUGAGACAAAACCGGCUGCUCAACCGCCUGAGCCACCCAGACUCCCCGAAGACCAUCUUCAGUGGACCUGCUUUACCUGACUGUGCAGUGGGGGGAAGGACGCGGUGAUGGCCGGUGCAUCGAAGCCACAGCACUUUGGUUCUCCGUUAGUGCCAGUGUUGAGACCACGGAAAAGGCAGAUUCCAUCUUAACAUACGAGUUAUGAAAACAGUCAUGACCUUGCAGAAGAAGAUCUCCGGGACUUCGAGUCCGUGCACCACACUCACGAGAAGCUCCCACCGACAGUAGCAGAUUAGUGAGUUACAGCGACCCUUUAUGCCCCCAAGGAUAUUUUCUCCUAAUUUACCACGAGGAAGGGACUUCAGUACGAAGGAUGCAUGAUCCUGCAUACAAAAACACGCUCCCUUUUCUACACACGGACUAACUCCAACGAGCAGGUGGCGUGAGUGUCAGAUUGGGCUUGGCAAAGCACCAGUGUGCCUAAAACAUCCUCAGGCAGAGGACUGCAGAGUUAAUGCCAUUAUUGGGUGCAGAGUUUCCUGGAAAUAGCUAACAGCUGUAUACUGCAGUGCGUGUGUGUGCUGGGCCCGAUUCUGAUCGGCGCUUUAAUCCUCACCCUCUGAGAUGGAAACUGUUAUCAUACUUAGAUGAGGAAACUGAGGCUCAGGGUCCACACGGCCAGUCGGAGACAGAGCCGGGACCAAAUGCAGUCUGGCUCCCAAGUCCAUAAUGCUCAUUACUGUGGUGAGUGGUGGCUCUCCUUGGCAUAAGGUUUGGGGAAGCUACAUUGCUAAUAUGCAUGGCUCAGUAAUAAUCUGAUUACUGUCUGUAAUUCCUGUCGUUGCUUGGAGAAAAAAGUCUAAUGUUGCUUUGGGGCCGGGGGGGCGGAUUUAUAAUACAACUCAUGUUUCGUUGACUUUAAAAGCGCACGCUGCAGGUGGAGGCAUUUCUUUAAAACGUUAUCUACCGCUUGUACCCAUCGUCCAGUCGGUAUAAACAAGCCUCUGCACUCGGCAUCACUAAAGCCAGUGUGACCGUCCUCGCAGUGUGGCUCCCUCCCGUCCCCAUAGAGUCCCAAGGGCGCUCAGUGUCAGCACUGACUCUUAGGCCACGUUCCAGACCCAGGUGAGGAUCUCCCGGGUAGGUUCAGGGAAUCCACAUUUUCAAUAAAAAGCACCCCAGGUGAUUUGAAUGCA